AUGCUCGUCCCGGCCCUCCGUUCGACCUUCCGGGGCAUUCGUCACAAUUCCUCCUAUCCUGUUCACCAAUUUGCCGAACUCGCCCGCCGUCCCUCCUCGUUGCAUCAGAUUUACACUUCCCUAUCCACAGACCCCUAUGUAAACCUCUCCAUCGAGCAUUUUCUACUGCAAAAUGCCCCGGACCAAUCCAGCAUCCUGUUCCUCUACGCAAAUCGGCCAUGCGUAGUCAUCGGUCGCAACCAAAACCCAUGGCUUGAAACAGAUCUUCGCGCGCUUCACAACGACCGGAACGGUGCCCCCGAGGAGGAGGAGGCAGUCUUCGUGCGCCGGCGGUCCGGUGGUGGAGCUGUGUUUCACGAUGAAGGAAAUCUCAAUUACAGCGUGAUCUCCCCGCGCACAUCAUUUACGCGCGAUAAGCAUGCCGAGAUGGUCGUGCGCGCGCUCCAUGGGGUCGGGGCCACAAAUACUAGUGUCAACGAACGGCACGACAUUGUCAUGGCGCGAAAUGAAUCCGACGAUGCUAACGAGCCGCUCACGCGCAAGGUCUCUGGCUCGGCGUUUAAGCUCACACGGCACCGGGCUUUGCAUCACGGUACAUGCUUGCUUGAUUCUCCGAACAUCCAUGAUCUCGGGAAAUACCUGCGGUCAUCUGCACGAGGUUACAUCCAAGCCAAGGGCGUUGAAAGUGUCCGCUCCCCGGUUGGCAAUGUCUCUGCUUCACUUGCCGACUCGUUCUUUUCCAUGCAGGGCGUGGUUGGGGGCAUCAUUGAACAAUUUGCUCGGCUGUACGGGGUAAACCCCGAUGCUGUUCUCAGAGCGCAGCGUGCCCAUGCCAACGAGCCGGAGGUGUUCGCUGGGGACUCGUGGGUUGCGGGCACUGUGAGUGAAGUGCAGGGUGAGCAAGAACCUGAUAUCGCCAAAGGAAUCGCUGAACUGCGGUCCUUGGAGUGGAAGUACACUCAAACGCCGCGGUUCACUUUCUCAACGUAUCCAAUUGAAGAGGAUCCGCGCGAAAGGCCGCCGUUGCCUGCAUCGCUGCCGUCAAGUACUCGCGCAUUUUUGCGACUGCAACACGGCGCCGUUGUAGAGAGCCAUAUCUCCGUUUCGUCGGACGAGUCCAUUGCAUCUGAACAGGCUAGUCGGGUCCAUGCAGUACUUAACGGACAAAAGCUGCAUGAGAUGACCUUGGCGCAAUGGUCUGAGAUUCUCAAACAGGGUCUCGGUGGGACGCGUGGGAUUGAUGACGCUCUUGUCAAAGAACUCGCCCGCUUCUUAGGUGGACUUCUAGGCGGCUAA